AUGCCCCGAAGAUCAGGAUGGCCUCCAGUCCUCCCCAGACAAGAGCAGUUACGGAGGGAGAAGCUUCGCCAGAGACUUGAAGCAGACUUGGCAAACACUGUCAUGCGUGUCAGCAAGGCAGAGAAGGAGAAGCGUUUGCUGAAGUUCUCCAAGCCCUACUGGCCUCCAAUAAUUUCUUUGGAGGAAAGAGAAAGAAGGAGACUUUUCAGGGAGACCCUGGAUGGAUCUCCUAAAUCCACAAGCAAGCAGUGGCCUCCACAGAUGAAACGACUGAAAGUGUCGGUUCCUCCAUGCGCUUCGCUGGCUGUGCUCCCUCCUCCAUCAGCUGUGGCUGAGGCGGCCCUUAAACGGGUGCCCAGGGCCACAGCCUGGAGAAGGAAGAAGAGGGCAAAAGAAGACCUUAAGGCCUUAAAGCAGGGCAAGGCCACCGCCAGGAGAAGGGAUCCAAGAGGGUUUCCCUGCAGGCUGUGUGGGAAGCCCAAGCGUUUGGAGUUUGGGCACAGCUUCUUCCGUGGGAAAAGCUUCUGUGGCACUUCUGCUGGCAAGACAGCCUCUCAAUGGCUGUCUGAGCAGAAAAGGAUUGCGGCUGCGGACAAUGCUAGUGAUGUGCCCAGGACAACGGCCUGGAGGAGAAAGAAGAAAGAAGAGGCCAUUUCUCUAGGCCUGCCCCAGAAAAGGCCAAAAAAGUGCACACCUAUAACUUGCAGUCUGUGCCAGCAACCCAAGACGAAGGAGUUUGGACACUCGCGGUAUGCUGGAAAAGCCUUUUGUAGCUCCUACGAGGGCAAAAGUGUGGAACUUUGGCUGGCAGAGCAACGGACACUUACUCCUAUUGAGUAAAAUGUCUUCAAUUUAUCAU